AUGCGCAGCUUGGUUGGUUCAUUGUUGUAUGCAUGUCUCACUAGGCCGGAUAUCGCUUAUAUUGUAAAUAAGUUGGCUCAAUUCAUGCAUAAACCCUGUGAACAACACCUAGUGGCAGUGAAAAGUGUGCUGAGAUGCCUAAACUGUACACUUGAUUACGGGUUAGCGUUCUUCCCUUCUUUAGAAAAUCUUCAACUCAUCGCCUUUGCUGAUGUCUAUUGGGGAGGAAGUGCUGAUGAAAAACAUUCAAUCUCUGGUAGUUGUGUUUACUUGAGUGGUAACUUGUUGAUAUGGGGAUCAAGGAAGCAAAAGAUAUUAUCUCAGUCUACCACAAAGGUCGAGUAUCGCAGCCUAGCUGAUGUAGCGUCGGAUACAACUUGGUUGGAGGAAUUGUUAAGCGAUAUGAGGGUGACUAUGGAAGCUGUGCCAGUCAUAUGA